AUGAAGUUCCUCAAGGUCGGACGCGUUGUCAUCAUCACCCGGGGCCGCUAUGCCGGAAAGAAGUGUGUGAUCAUUUCUCCCCUCGACAACGGCACCAAGUCGCAUCCCUUCCCGCACGCCCUCGUCGCCGGCAUCGAGCGCUACCCCUCCAAGGUUACCCGCCGCAUGUCGAAGAAGAAGCAGGACAAGAAGAGCAAGGUCAAGCCCUUCGUUAAGCAGGUCAACUACACCCACAUCAUGCCCACCCGAUACACCCUCGAGCUCGAGAACCUGAAGGGCGUUGUCUCGGCCGACACAUUCAAGGAGGUUUCCCAAAGGGAGGAGGCAAAGAAGACGGUCAAGAAGGCCUUCGAGGAGCGCUACACGUCUGGCAAGAACAGGUGGUUCUUCACCCCCUUACAGUUCUAA